AUCAUCCAUCAUCGCCAAUCAAACGUUGAUCCGGCGUUUUGCGCAUUGCUGAUUGGUUGAUUUACGAUUGGGGCGGGUGUAUUCCUGCUGUCCACCAGGCAGCAGGGACUUCAGUGUGAGCAGCUGAUGGGACAGUCGGAACACUCACCUGGAACAGUAGGACUGUCCUCCACAGUGUUCCUGUUGACACAGAGGCUAUCCACCCAUUAUGAAGAGUCUGAAGGCAAAGUUUAAAAAGAAUGAGAGUCAGGACUGGAGCAAAAAUGAUGAGAGGCUCCUGCAGGCUGUCGAGCAAAAUGAACCAGACAAAGUCUCCGCUCUCAUCGCCAAAAAAGGUCUCUGCCCUACCAAGCUGGACGCUGAGGGCAAGUCAGCGUUCCACCUCUCUGCAUCCCGAGGCCGGCUAGACUGUCUGGAGGUCAUCAUCUCAUAUGGAGCAGACCUCAAUGUCACUGAUGGGGCUGGAUGCAGCGCCCUUCACCUCGCAGCCAAAAACGGCCAUUCAGAGUGUUUAAAGAGACUCUUACAGGAGAGAUUAGCAGUAGAUUGCACAGACAGCAUUGGUAGGACGCCGCUUCAUCAUGCAGCCAUCAGUGGCUGCUUGUCCUGCACUGAGACCCUGUGGGACUUUAAAGCCGAUCUGGAUGUACAGGAUGGGGAUGGGGCUACCCCUUUGAUUUUAGCAGCCCAGAUGAGCAGAGUGGAGCUGUGUGUCUUUCUGUUGGGUCGAGAUGCCAAUGCAAACAUACAAGACAACCAGGGAAGGUCUGCAUUGAUGCUGGCAUGUGAGAGUGACAGCGUUGAGACCGUGAAAGCUCUCCUAAGAGGCGGGGCCAACACACAGCUGGUCGACGCCCUCGGACACAGAGCCACCGACUACAGCAUAACCAUGGGCAACCAACGCAUCAUGCAGAUGUUGCAGGACGGAGCACCUCCAGCUUCUGAGGGCGCAGACGAGGAGCCCCCCCAAAUCCCCUCAGGCGCCUCAUCAAUGCAAGGGGGCACUACCCCCCGCAAACGGAAAGCUCCUCCACCACCCCGCUCUCCUCUCCAGAUCCAGGGUUUGCCACCCUCUCCACAGCCCCGGAGUUCUGCUCCACCUGCCCAGUCCCCUGAGCUCCAGUCCCUGUCUCCUUCUCCCUCUCCACGGCAGUCAGCCCAGCCAGAGGAUGAGGAGUUUGAGGUGUUUGAAGAGAUUCGACGGCUGCGUCUGGAGAGAGGCCGUCUGCUCCAGAAGAUCAAAGCUUUGGAGCAGCAGCAACAGAGCGCUCUCUCUGCCUUGGAGGAGUUGUCCCAGCUAAAGCAGCGUCUAGAGGAGGCAGAGGCAGAGAGAGACAAGCUGCUCGAGGAGCUGAAGGGAGGCCAUAGUAUUGGGGCCAGUGACUCUGAUGACAUAGAUGAAAUGUUGGACUUCUCAGAGAAGCUGCUCUCCAAGCGCUCCAGAGCCUCCCAUUCCCAGGGUGAGGCCACUUCUCAAGCUGACGCUGACUCAGCCCACCCCUCUCCUGCCCCUGCAGACCCAGGAACUGUUGCUGAGCUGCGCAAACAAAUAGAGGAACUUACCUCACAAAACUCUGAGCUAGCUCUCAAAGUGCAGAUGCUGGAGAUGUUUGAGAAGGAUGACACAGACAUGCAGACCUCCAGCACGGACUUUGUCCCCAUAGUUCAGUACGACACCCUGAGGAAGGAGCUUGAAGCCCUUCAGGAGCGCUUCUCUCAGGCCCAGGCUUCAGACGAGGUCUCCAGUGUGGCAGAGAAGCGUGGCAAUGAGGAGUCUCAAGAACGAAGUGCAGAUGCAGAGAGUGUGGAGGCUCUGAAGGGGCAGCUGCGAGGCCUGGAGGACCAGUUGGCCUCCUCCCAGUCUGAGCUGGAGGAGCUGAAGGAGCAGAUGCGCCUUGGGGUGCUUUCUGUGGAGUGUGGGGAAGGGGAUACUGCCGCAGCAGGUGGUGGGGCUGAAGGUCUGAGCCAAGAAGCACAGCAGCUGAGAGCGAGGGUGACGGAGCUAGAGGAGGAGCUAGCUAAGACACAGGGUGAGGCAAGGGGUCAGAGUGGCCAGGACAGUGACACAAUCAAACAGCUGAAAGAGAAAGUAGAGGAACUCAAUGCUGCUCUGGCCCAGAAAGACUCUACGAAACAAGAAGGGGAGAAAGACGGCGAAGUAGAAGAGACGGAAACGGUGAAGUGUCUCCGUGAUAAAGUGGCUGAGUUGGAGGCAGCCCUGGCAGAGAGCAGAACGUCAGUGAAAGAGGAAGGAGCAGCAGGAGAUGGAGAUCAGGUCCGUCGUCUCCAGGAGCGUUUGGGAGAGCUGGAGGGGGAGCUGAGAAAUUGUGUGCCCCGCUCGGAGUUAGAGGAGGUCCAGGUGACUCUCGGGCUCCAGUGUGAACAGCUGGCCAGGGAGAGGGUGGACGUGGCUAGAAGGCUCAACGAUGCUCUUCUGGAGCUGGAAAGACUCAGGCCUCCUGCAGGCGGAGAUGAGGAAGAGGAGGAAGACGAGGAGGAGCAGUCAGAGAGCUCAGAGCCCUCAGUCUUAUCAGGGCAUUCCAGACGCUCCCUGGCAGCAAUGAGAGAAGAAUUGGAGGUGGCAAGGCAGGAAGCAGCACAGGCUCUGGACUGUCUGUGUGCCGAGCGGGAGGGCCGUGCACAGGAUGCCCUGCAGCUGAAAGACGCAGUGCCACUCUCAAAACAUAAGGAGGCACUGUCUGCAGUGUCAGAGCAACUAGCUCAGACACUGCAGGAGCUCCAGGAGGAGAGGACCCUUCGUGGUCAGGCUGAGGAGCAGGUUGCCAGACUAGAGGCCGAACAGCAGGCCAUGCAGGAUGCCAUACCCAAAGAGGAGCAUGAGAAAGUCAAGGCAGAGCUCCAGCUCUCCCUGCAGGCCAGUGAGAGUAAUGCAGCAGCAGCCCAGGAGGCUCUGAGUGAGAAGGAAAUGGAGCUGAGAGAGCUGAAAUCCCAGAAGGCUGCAGAACAGGGUCUGAUCUCCAAGGAGGACCACGAGGCCCUGCGGCUCUCUUUGCAGGCUGAGAUCAACGCCACCACAGCCCGUUUCAACGAUCUCACUCGCAAACAUGAGAAGACCUGCACUGAGGUGUUCCAGGUACAGAGGGAGGCUCUCUUUAAUAAGAGUGAGCGACAGGUCGCAGAGUCCCAGCUGGCCACGGUGCAGAAACAGCUAGCUGAUUUGCAGGCCCAAUCCAGCCACAUCCAGGAGCUCCACAAGAACAUCCAGGAAUCCCAGGGCCUGGUCAAGGAGAAGGACCGCAAGAUAACAGACCUGUCCAAGGAGGUGUUUCGGCUAAAGGAGGCCCUGGGAGCUCUGUCACCUCCUCUGGGAAUCAGCUCCUCCUCACCUACCCAUCAUGGAAACCCUGGACAGCAAGUGGCACUGCAGAACAGGAUUGCCAUACUCAACCAGCAGCUCCAGGAUUGGGAGAGAAAGCACAAACAGGUGGUGGCUAUAUACCGUUCCCAUUUACUGGCAGCUGUACAGGGUCGAAUGGAUGAAGAGGUGCAGGGUCUGCUACUCCAAAUCCUGAGGAUGUCACAGCAGGGACACUGAUAAUUACAUUUGCGAGUCUCUCUCCACCUUCCAGUCCCUUUGCAGUUCAACAUAAAGCAACUUCAGCACUGCAACACGUGGGACCUGCAUCAUUGGGACCUUGUCUAAAGAGCCAAAUACAACGGACUGGCGUUCAGACAUAGCUGCAUGUGUACAAUACAGUAACCUAGACAACAGCCUUAAGGCUUUACUGAUAACCAAAUUGAUAGAACUGUAGAGUGCCUUCAUGGCUGGAUAACUAAAAUGACAGCAGCCUACAAGUCAGUGGUUUAAUGUAGCAGAAAUUGAAUGCGAAUAGUCAUUAGAAGAUACAAUCAGGUGCAUUGAUUGUGUGACAAGCCUGUUGAUUUUAUAAAAUAUUGUGAUAAUAAAAAGGAAAAAUAAAUUGCUCUGCUGUAAUUAUUGUAACUUGCUUCAUUGAUUGAACAAACUAGGUCCCCAGAGCCACAGC